UUUUGAUUCCUGCCAUCAUGACGGUGUCGCCCGAAGCCUGGGCCGGUCUCGCUACGCUCAGCACCGCUGUCGAGACGCUCGAGCGCAUCGUGAGCUCGGCGGAUGUACACAUGGACCGCCCGCUGCAGGUGAUGGGCCAGGACGCGCUUCUCUUUGCCGCCUCCAUGUACGACGAAGACCUGGCGCUCGAGGUGCUAGCGGCGCGUGCGAGGAUACCUGUCGAUGUCAAUGCCAUCGACAACCACGGCUACACGGCGCUGCACUACGCUGUCGACGCAGACAUGCAUGCGUUGGCGCAAACCUUGCUCGCCACCGAGGCCAUUUGUGUGCGCCUCCAGACGGAAGACUUGAGCGUUGUGGGGCACAUCCAGUCGGGCGGGCGCACGCCCUUGCAUCUGGCAGUUCUCCGCGGCAGUAUGGACCUCAUGCAGCUGCUCCUGGAAGCCGACCCUUUGCUUGCGACGGUGGCCGACUUGGAUGGCCACCUGCCCGUGCACUUGGCACAGCUCCACGGCGGCUCCAUGGACCUCAUCGGUUGUUUGCAGGCAUUCCAUGCUGCGACACUGUAUGAUGUCGCGUCGCUGCCUGAGCGCAAGCUAGCUACGCAAGCAAUAGCUGCGGCGCGCUAUCAAGCGAGUUUGUCGGUACCAGACGCGGUGGCAACGCCACAUAUUUUCCCCGGAAUCUGGACGCAAGCAGAAUGUGAGCGCGUGCUUGGUCAACUCGAGGCAACGACGCACGUCACGGGGUGGCACAAGACGCGGCAUACGUCGUACCCGACGACGGACCUCCCUAGCUACUGCCUUCCUCUGGGUGAGCACUACUGGGUCCAAGACACCCUGAGCGCGCGGCUUUUUCCGUCGAUUCUCUCGCGCUUCCAACUCCCAGCGUCGACGCAGCUCUCCUUUCGCGAUCUCUUUUACGUCAAGUACGAGGCGGCACAGGACGCCCAGCGGGACCUUGCGCUGCACUGCGACGGCUCGGUGCUCUCGUUUAAUGUGCUUCUCAACAAACGCACCGACUUUGUGGGCGGCGGCACGUUCUUUGCCCCAACGCAGACAACGGUUCACAUCGAGCAAGGCGACGUCGUGGUGCACAGCGGGCGCGUGGUGCACGGCGCGGCGCCUGUCACCGAGGGCAAGCGCCUCAUCCUCGUCGCUUUCCUCAACGUUCGCCCGCCUGCUUGCGCACCGUAG